UAUCUAGGAAAGAUUUAUUUGAGUAACGCUCAAGGGAAAGAAGAGCACUUUUGUGUAGCUGUUAAUUUGUUUGAAAUACUUCCAACAAUUCAUAUUAGUUCAUCCUGCCAUAUGCUACCUCUAUUUAUUUGUUAUUUUACUGUGUCAGACUUAAGGCAUCUGGAGAAUAAAUGCCCAAGAAAUGUCAGCUACAAGUCAGAAAGGUUUAUUCUCUUAGAACUGCCUUCCAAUUGAUCAAAGCAACACCUGAGUUACAAAAAAUUGUUAUCCAGAGUAGCACUUCCAGCAGGCCAUGCAGGGAAUUUUGUUUGGCUUUUUAAUUGCUCCAGACUCAUUCACAUCCCUCUCUGCCCAUUUCAGGUCCAAUAAGUUUUCCAUGAGGAGCAACACUGCCAGUGACUACUCGAGUCUGAGUGAUUCCCAGCUGCUCUUUGGCUCCCAGUUCUGCCCGGAGAAUGUGCAGUCGGCAGCAGCACCGCUGGAGCUGGGCACACAGCCGGGACAGCAGAACUCCCAGGAUAGCGAGCCCAGUAUUUUUACCAAAUACCAGACAAAACCACAGUUAUUUGAUGAAGAAACAAGAGAAAAAGGUUCUCUUAAUUUUGGUGCCGGAAGAGUGAAAAACGUAUUGGAAAAUUUUGAAGUGAAUAAGAACAAAAUAAAGGACAAAUAUGACCGGUAUGUAGACAUCCAUUGAAAAUUCUUUCUCUUCUGGUGGUUAUCACUCUCUGCAGCUCCUUCUUCCCCUAUU